UAUCGACCACUGUUCUUUGUUGGAAUCGCGGCGCAGAUAAUCCUAGCAGCUCCUCCAGACUUUACUGGAGAAAGGAUAUGUAAGAUAGACGUGUUCGAGCGGACUUGUUCGAAAUUCUUCAACUGCGCUGGGGCGAGCGUCAGCACUAUCCCGAGCGCAUUCCCCAACGCCAGAAACCAGAGCUACCCGCAAGCUUUGCGAGAAUUCGUCCACUUUUACCCGAUACUACUGGACUUCGACAGCUACUGCUCCUACUUGCUUCACUCGUUUCUGUGCAUUCACUACUUCCCGCCGUGCACGCCGGAGGUCCCCCCCGACGACUCCUCGCCCGACCCCUCGGCGGAACCUAAGAAAAUUCCGUUAGUAGUGCCAUGCCGCGGACUCUGCGAGUUGGCCACGUCCGAGUGCCUCGACCACGUGUACGAAACCUACCCCAACUUGUCACGUCCUGAGCAUCUGAUCUGCACCAAUUUUCCCUCGGAGACACAAAACACAGACUUCAUCGUAGCGUGCCCAAAGCCAGCUGUACACUUUGAAUUCUGUCUACCAUUUGGCGAAAAAGACGUAAAGGUACCUGAAUCAGAUGACUCGACUGUGGAGGUUUGUGUUAAACUUGCCAGCACUGGCUGCGAUGACUCACUCCGCUGCCCUGUCACCAUACACCUAACAUUUGAAGACCUUUCAGCAGAGGGCGGUGAAGAUUAUCGUUACAACUCCGAAGACUGUACAAACUUGGUAUUUGAGGCUGGGAGUAUCAAAGGCAAUCGCAAGUGUUGUGAGAUUGAAAUUGAAAACGAUGACUUGGUGGAGGAGACAGAAAUAUUCCUCGUACAUGCUCGGGUCCAUGAAGGAGAUUGCGGAAGGCCUGAGAUUCAGAUUCAAUGUUUAAAUGACUGUGGUAGUGGUGAAGGUAGAGAUAGUGGAAGUGGCAAAGGUAAUAGGUCUGGUGCAGGAGACUGGAAGACAGUGGAUCUGGAGGCAGUGGAUCUGAAGGCUGUGAGACAAAAACAGUUGAAGUUAUUAACGUACAGUUUGGGGGCUCUAUCGAUAAGUGCACUGGAACUCUCAAAGUAAACAUCUUGGAUGAUGAUGUGUGUUUUAUAAAUCCGAAGCACUGUACCAGUCAGACUUGCAGGCAAAAACUCAAUGCAGAUAGUGAGACCUUUACAAGCAACAACUACACAUACGCUGCAAAGGUUGAGCUGCUUGGAGUGGGGAACUUUGGUAGGUGUACUGGUGUUGAUGUCCGUAUCAUUCAGUGCUGGGAGAUCAAGAAAAGACACUGCCUUGAUAGGGGCCAGAUAAUCACCAUACCAACUUGCCCCGGGUGUCCCCGAGUCGAUCCCUUGAUCCCUGGCAAUCAAUACCUAAUAGCAGGGGUCCGCCAAACUUACAAUCGGAAAAAGAUAAACGUGUUACCAAACUUGAAAAAGACGGGCCUCUUUGGGUUUUGGAAAAGGUUGUAUGAAGAUGUAAUUGAAGACUGGAUCCGGGCAGCAGUAUUGCAAAAAUCCUAAAUCCCUCGGAAAGUUUUCCACAUCCCUAAGAGACGAGUUUGAGAUUCAUCACUAACGCUAAUGAUACUAAAUCAUUGCCACUAACAUAAUUCUCAUGAUUAGUUUUGUAUUUCACACAUGACGUACAUAAUAUAUCAUUACAACAAGGAACGAACAUUUUCAUUAUACUCAUACAAAUCCACACACUACUAGUGUAACAAUCAAGGUUUGGACGUGUAUGAAAAUGUGUUUGAAAUUCUUUUGACUGACAAGUUGAGUGUCAUAGAAGUGUGACUCUCUUGCUCUUGUUGCUUGGGGGUGUACUUCGCACUGCUGUGCCUUUUCUUUCUGACUGCCACGAUAGCUAUCAACAAGGCCGCUGUCGCUGCAGAAGUAAUAUCAUCAUAACUAGUAAAUAUGUAGUACACAUAAAAAAAUCUCCAUUGCUUUGCAGUGUAAGUCUGCACUGCCAGACUAGUAUUAUGAUCAAUUGAGCAUUAUUCGUGUCUUUGAAAAUGGUGAAGUUUCAAUAGCAUAGUACACAUUUAGUUCCCAAGUAGGAAUCUUGCACUCUGACAUAGAAUGUGGGCAAGGCAGUACGAUUAUUCAAUGUUAAGGGUGCACACACCCUUGCAGAAAAUGAUAUUAUGAGACAGAUUAUUACUGCCGAAUGGAUCCCUAGCUCUCUUGGCC